AUGGCUGGAUUUGGCAAGGGCGAAGGCGUCUUCAAGUGCCCGGAGGACCAGCUGCCCCUGGACUAUGCCAAGAUCUACCCUGACCCAGAGCUGGAGGCGCAGGUGCUGAGCCUGGGCAUCAGCUGCAUCCACAGUGAGGAAGGCUGCCGCUGGAGCGGGCUCAUCAAGCACCUCCAGGCCCAUCUUGGCACCUGUGGCUUCAACGUCAUCCCCUGCCCCAACCGGUGCAGCGCCAAGCUGAGCCGCCGCGACCUGCCCGAGCACGUCCAGCACGGCUGCCCCAAGCGCCGGGUCAAGUGCGAGUUCUGCGCCAGUGACUUCACCGGGGAGGCCUUCGAGGGCCACCAGGGCACGUGUCCCCAGGAGAGCGUGUACUGCGAGAACAAGUGUGGGGCCCGCAUGAUGCGGCGCCUGCUGUCCCAGCAUGCCCUGGCCGAGUGCCCCAAGCGCACCCAGCCCUGCACCUACUGCGCCAAGGAGUUCGUCUUUGAUACCAUCCAGAACCACCAGUACCAGUGUCCCCGGUACCCCAUGUCCUGCCCCAACCAGUGCGGGACGCCCAGCAUCGCCCGGGAGGACAUGCCCACCCACCUCAAGGAGAGCUGCAACACUGCCAUGCUGCUGUGCCCCUUCAAGGAAGCUGGCUGCAAGCACCGCUGCCCCAAGCUGGCCAUGGGCCGGCACCUGGAGGAGACCACCAAGGUGCACCUGGGCAUGGUGUGCGCUCUGGUGAGCCGGCAGCGGCAGGAGAUCCUGGAGCUGCGGCGGGACGUGGAGGAGCUGUCGGUAAGCAGCGACGGAACCCUCAUCUGGAAGAUCGCCGACUAUACCCGCAAGCUGCAGGAGGCCAAAGCCCGCAGCAACUACGAGUUCUUCAGCCCCCCUUUCUACACCCACAAGUACGGCUACAAGCUCCAGGUCUCGGCUUUCCUCAACGGCAACGGGAGUGGGGAAAGCAGUCACCUCUCCGUCUACAUCCGUGUGCUGCCGGGCGAGUAUGACAACCUGCUGGAGUGGCCCUUCUCCUACCGCGUCACCUUCUCUUUGCUGGACCAGAGCGACCCCUCGCUCUCCAAGCCCCAGCACAUCACUGAGACCUUCCACCCCGAUCCCAACUGGAAAAACUUCCAGAAGCCAGGGGCUUCACGCAGCUCCCUGGACGAGAGCACCCUGGGCUUUGGCUACCCCAAGUUCAUCUCCCACGAGGACAUCAAGAAGCGGAACUACGUGCGGGACAACGCCAUCUUCAUCAAAGCCUCAGUGGAGAUCCCCCAGAAGAUCCUGGCCUGAGCCUUGGUGCCCCAGGGGGGACAGGACGUGAGCUGGGUGCUUGCCUGGGGUGCCCCAAGUGGUGCUGAGCCCC